AUGGAGCCUCCGCCCCUAGGCGACUACUAUGACCCCGGCUUGCCCGGCCAGGACGAAAGUGUGGUCGAAGAGGAAAUAAGAUCUGAAUCUGUGCUGGGUGCAGCGCCAGAAGCCAAAGAAGAAGGCAAUGAAGAGGAAGAAGAUCUGGGCCUCAUGGAUGGCAUCAACCGCAAAGGCGACGUCAGCCGCAAGGGCGACCAGGAAGGCAGCAUCGGCCACGAAGUUGACAUCGACCACGAAGCCCACGGGACCCACGAGAGCCACAAGAACCACGCGGGCGCUGCUGGCGACCAGGAGCCCCGGCAGCAGCUGGCUGAGAUGGCCCAGGUGGCGGCUGCCGCGGCGCCGCAGCAGGACAAUGCGCAGCCAAGUGUGCAAAGCAGUACCUUCACACCAGCCCAACUGCGGGAGCUGGAAAGCAUUUACGAACACACUCAAGACCCGGACUGGUUCGCAAGAAGGAUCAUUGUGAGACGCAUAGGCAUGACCGAAGCCAGAGUGCAGGUCAGUAAUCCUGAUAAAAGCCGAGUGGCCAGGAAAUCGUCCUAA